AAACAUCUUCAUUUAGAUCUUUAGUUCAAUUAUAGAUAUUCACAUUUUUUUAACAUGAAAAUUAAAUAGUUCAUUACUUAUAUGCACAUAUAUUUAAUCUUUUGCACGCCUAUGAUCGAACUGAAGACACUUAAUAAGCCUUAAUUGAGACCAGUUUUACAAGAACCUACAUAAAAAUAUAUUGAUAAUGUUGUGACACUGUUUACUUCAUUUAAGUCAAUGAAAGAGUCCAGAAACGAUAUUAAUAUAUUACCAUUUGAACUAUUUUUAAAUAUUAUGUUACUAAUAAUGCUUUUGUCGGUUUUUCUAAUAGUGAGAGCAGGAAGUGAAGAUAAACCAUUUACGUCUCCAGUAUUGCCAGUAAACCAAAGAAAUUCACAUUUGAAAUUUGGCGGACACGAGUAUUAUUUUGGAACAUCUACAAAGGUGAACUUUUUUCAAGCUUAUCGGUUAUGUAAACUUGAUGGGAUGAGUUUAGUAUACAUCGAUUCUGAAGCAGAAGGUGAAAGAUUAGGCAUUUUUGCUACCCAGAUAGGUCAUGGGCAUGAUCACUUUUGGACAUCAGGAAAUAACCUGCACGAUUUUCAAGAAUGGACUUGGUUGUCAACAGGAAAUAUAUUUAGAUAUACCAACUGGUACCCAGGAGAACCAAAUCUUGGUGCAAGUGGUUACGAUUUGACGGAGAGAUGCAUGGAAGCCAGGACAUUGGAUAAAGGCGGUUUUACUUGGAAUAAUGUUCCUUGUGAAAGGCAAUAUUACUAUAUUUGUAAAAAAGGAAAAGAUAAUUGUGUAUAAUAAAUACAAUCACACUUUUUUCUUUAAGUUAUAUUAACUGUAAUCUUUCUGUUACU